AUGGCGCCGAAAUCGAAUAAGCCAGCGAAGGCGAAUGGGAACAACGACUCCGAGUCAAGCGGGGCCGCCGGAAAACUCAAGCCAGCCAAUAGCCUGAAGGUCCGACAUAUUCUUUGUUCGAAGCAAUCUGGUGCGAUUGAGGCGAUCGCUCGCCUGAAGUCCGGAGUCUCGUUUGAUAAAGUGGCAUCUGAACUGAGCGAGGACAAGGCCCGGAAUGGGGGGAGUUUGGGCUGGAUGAUACGAGGAUCGAUGGUCGGGCCGUUCCAAGAAGCAGCCUUCCAGCUCCAACCUUCGAGCGUGGGCGCCCCUAUUUAUACCGAUCCACCCAUCAAAACAAAUUUCGGCUACCACGUCAUAAUGGCAAGUUCUUCGCAUCGUCUCACCGCUUUAUUUCGCUUCCUUAGCAUUAACUAA